AUGACAAUGGAAGAGCAAGUCUCGACCGGGAAGAGACGCAGAUGCGGCUCGGAUGACAGCAUCGAUGCGGAAUAUUUCGCAUUGUGUGAUCCUCUUGGGAUGGGGAUUGCUUUUGCUUCUCGGUUCGAAGACACGGGCGAAGCUGCCGAUCUUGAGCUUGCAAUUGAACACCUCGAAAGCGGUCUUGAACAGACGACAGAUGCAUCGACUCUGGCGUCACUUCAUCACACCCUUGGAUGCAGCUAUAAUGAACGAUAUAUAUUGACCGAUGCCGUAUCUGACUCCGAUGAAUCAAUCAAAAACCACCAAGCGUCCUUGAACCUUACCCCUCUCGACGACCCAUCACGAAUAGACAGGAUAGCUGACAAAGCCCGUGCUUUCUAUACCCGGGGCCUCAACUCGGAGGAGAGGUUCUAUUUCGACGAGUGUAUCCGUUUGCUUGAAGAAUGUCUUGGACAAUUAGGCUCGGAAAGUCUCUUGACGCUUGCCCAGCACCAGCUCCUGGCGAAUGCAUAUCAAGCCAGGUGGCUCCAAAGGUUAGAAAGCAUCGAGGACGUUGACCGAUCCAUUUCCCUCCACAACCAGAUAUUAGACCGUUUAUCGAAUGAUGUUUCCCGCCGAGCGACACUGGCCGAGGUAGCUCAGCUAUACCUGUUCAAGUUUGAUGAAACGGACGACGUAAGCCUUUUAGAAACAUCGCUUAAGCAUUCGCGAAGGGCACUUGAAACAUGGACAGACGGCAACACAAAGAAUGAACAGCGGGCAGAGCUAUUUCGGAUCGUGGGCAAGGCUUUCGAAAGAAGGUACAAGCGUUUGGAAGAGGCAAGCGAUCUCGAAGCAUGUAUUGAGUCGUUCAAGUCAGCCGUGAACGCCCUUGCAGACCAUUCGCCUCCCCUGGAGAGGUUUCAAUCGUUGAUAAGACUGGCCGAGGGUUAUGAAGCCAGGUAUCAAAGCGCCGAGUCAAUAACAGACCUUGACGUUUCGAUUCGGACAGUCGAGAAGGCUCUCAAUCUCGCACCACUUACAGCGGAUCAGCAGUCAUUAGGCAACAGGCUCUUGGGGUCAAGUUAUCACGGGAGAUAUGUACGAACUGGAGAGCUGUCGGACCUCAACCAAGCUAUUACGCGAUAUAAGAAAGCCUGGGAGCUGGAACCCCAUCACGACGAGCAAGCAACUUUCAGCUUGGAGGGACUAGCCGAAUUAUUGCACCUGCGGUAUGACAAGAUGGGGCAAGAGGGCGACAUGAAAGAGUCCCUCGACUCGGCUAUGAAGGCUCUGUGCUUCCUCCAAGGCCCAAGCAAUAACUGGAAACGUAUCCCUCUUCUUCGGACUCUGGUCCAUGUCCACAUGACAAAGCAUAAAAAGACAAAGGCUCUAAAAGAUUUAGAGGCAGCCAUGAAGCACGUCAAAGAUUGGGAGGAGUCGCUCCCAAAAGAGGACUUCCAGUAUUCAGAAAACCUCUUUGCUAUCAGCCACGUAUACAUUGACAAGGCUGAAGCAUCCGGAUCAGAAGAUGACUACGAAAUCUCCAUCAGGAAAAUGCAAACUGCCGUCGAUUGCACUGCAGAAGACGAUCCGGACCGGAGUCAUCGGCUGCAAGCCCUUGGAUGGGAAUUCCACAACCGAUUCGAGAGGCUUGGGAAAGCAGAAGAUCUGGAUGCAGCGCUUGAGUUAUACCAUCAGGCUUUCAAAGAUGUGCGUGCACUUCCAAGGGACCAAAUCAACGCGGGUAACAUCUUGGCCCAUUGGCUCGUGGCCGCACGCAACAUCCCAGCUGCCUAUCAGGUUGCUACUGAAACACUCCCGCUGGUCUCCCAUCUCACUCCUCGCUCGCUGGUUGUCUCUGAUAAGCAAAAGCUGCUCAAGGGAAUUCCUGGCUUAUCCACCCUUUUGGGAACCGUCACUCUCAUGGCAGGCAAGAAGCCAUAUGAAGCGCUUCAGCAUGUUGAACUUGCAAGAGGUAUCAUCAUCAACUCAUUACGUGAUCUGCGUUCAAAUACACUUGAACUUCAAAGCUUACAUCCAGAUUUAGCGGAUGAGCUUCAUCAACUGAGAGAGUUGUUGGAUAGUGACCCAGGAUCUACUAGCGGUUUCGACAACCCUCGCCACGAUGCUGGCCACCAGUUGGAUUCUCUAUUGGAGCGAAUUCGAGGCUUGCCCGGGUUUGACCGUUUCUUAUUACCACCGUCCGAGGAACAAAUCAGGUCAGCCGCAGUCGAUGGUCCGAUAGUUAUGAUCAACGUGCACGAGGAACGGUGUGAUGCUCUUAUCGUCCAAAUGGACCGGAUUGUGUCUAUAGAGCUCACUGAUUUGCACCAUGCUCAAGUGAUAGAAUACGCGGCGAAAGACAUUGAUCGCGAGAUACUAGAAUGGCUCUGGGACACAAUCACCUCCCCUAUCAUGAAGGUCUUGGGCUAUCACGAGAUGCCUACCACCUCGCCCUGGCCCCGUGUUUUCUGGAUCACCACCGGCCCUCUCUCGUCUUUCCCGAUCCACUGCGCGGGUUACCACUACAGCGGAUCAACCAGAACAGUCAUGGAUCGCGUGAUUUCCACCUACAGCGCAUCCGUAGGUGCGAUCAUCCAAGGUCGCCAAGUGACAAGUAGGACAUCACCCAGGGCGUGGCAAAGCAAGAAAGCCCUCUUAGUUGGUGUCCAGGAACUUCGUUACGCGCCAGAAGAAAUCAGUCAGAUUCAGAAGCUAUGCACGGAAAUGCACUUGAACGCAGCGAUAUUAGAGCCUUGUCGGAGUGCAGUCCUCGAUUCCCUACCAGAGUGUGAGAUUUUUCAUUUCGCGGGGCACGGGAUGUCCCAUCCUCUCGACCCAUCCAAGAGCUCGCUGAAAAUGAGCGAUGGGCCCCUGAGUGUGCAGGAUCUCUUCAACAUCAAACUCCACGAUAAAGCACCAUUCCUUGCGUACCUCUCAGCAUGCAGUACUGGCCGCAGCGAGGACGAGGACCUAGUUGAUGAAGGGCUACAUUUGAUCGGCGCGUGCCAGAUGGCUGGCUUUAGGAAUGUGAUUGGGACGCUGCGAAGGGUCGAUGAUGGUAUCUGUGUUCAGGUGGCAAACAUGACCUACAAGUGGAUCAAGGACUCCAGCUUGAGCAAUGAAUCUGUCGGCGAAGGACUUCAUCAUGCUAUCAGAAUGCUCCGGGAUCAGUGGGUAGCUGCCAAUGAGCAGGAAGACGAAAUGCGAGGUGGUAUGGCAAGGCAAGAAGCCAACAGCCACGGGCGGAGCCUCGUUCAGCCAACAGCGGCAGAGGCAGAGAAUGGUAAUAUGAAAGAGGGCAGAGAUAUCAUCAGUUGCAGCGACGAGCCGAUUUCCUGGGCUCCAUUUGUUCACUUUGGCAGCUAG